UAAGAUGAAAGACCAAUACAAAAUCGUGAAGCAAAAUGUUGAGGAAAAUAUCGAGAAAGCCAAAGCGAAAUUUGAGGAAGCGAAAGAAAAAGCGAAAGAACAUGUCGAGAAGCUGAAAGAUCAAGCAAAGGAAAUCAGGAAGGACGUUGAAACAAAGGUCAAAGACUAUGUCGAGAAGCUCAACGACACUGUUUUGGACAUGAGGGAAACUGUCUUAGGUCAUGUGGAAACACUUAAGGUAAGUCGAAGUCAUAGUAACAAGUCAUUCUGUGCAAAUGUUUAAUGAUUUGUAUUAUUCAAACCUUUAGAAAUGUAUUGUCUUUAACCUAUUUAGAUGCAAGUUUAUUAGCAUAGCAUGACCAGUUGCCAUGGCUAGCUUCGCCACUGAAGAUCGAAACGAGAGCUCCUGAAUAUAAUUUAUUCAGGGUGCAAUUAUUUACGUAACAGGGCAGCGGUACAUAAUUGAUGAACUCAAAUAGGUCAACAUUAGUUUGGUGUAGGUUUUGAAGGUGAAAAAACAAAGAAUGGAGUGGAUCUCAAGAGAGAAUAGUUCAGAACUGACAUAGCUAUACAGUCAAAAUAAACUUACAGUUUACAAAUUUGCUAACAACUUGGAAUAAUCAACGGAAAUGUGAAUUGAUGAUAUAAGAUUUUGCGUGUGAAUUAGUGGGUUGGGUUAGUGGGGCAGUAGACUGUGUUAAACUUCAGAGCCUCUCUCCUCCGCAGAGGCUUUAGUUGUCUUAGGAUUUAUUACGAUGUGAUACAUUUCACUAUACUUUACAUGUCGGAUCUUGGAACAUGACUGUUAAAUUACAUCUCUCUCAUAUUAGGGAGCUUCAGAUUUGACUUCUACUACAGCCAUCUCUCAGUUGCGGGUACACACGUAAAAACGCACAAGUUGUAACAAACCUGCAGCAGACUUGUAGUAGUGCUGGUCCAACAACUUGUCAACUGGAUGUGCAUGUUCGCACUGUGCGUGACAACUUUGUAGCAACUUGAUAAAAUAACAGCAUUGUUACAACGUGUGGACAAGCUUGCUGCAAGCCUGUUGCGAACACAUCUUGUUGACAAGUUGUGAGACUUUUACGUGUUUAUAACACGGUUAAACCGUUGCUAUUUAAAUUCCUAGAGCAAAGCCACCGAUUAUAAAGACACCUUGGAAGAUAGAUUUGAUGAAUACAAAAUCAAAGCUAACGACAUGAAAACGACCAUCACAGAGCACGUGAACAAAUUGAAAGACAACAUGAAAGAAGUCAGAGAAACCGUUGUUGGUCACGUGAAAAAUUUCCGCGAAAAAGCCGACGACCACGUGAACAAAUUGGUGGAAAAGGCCAAAGAAGUGAAAGAAAGAGUAGAAUCCGCAAUCCAAAAGCAAACCGAGAAAAUGAACGAACGUUUUGAAGAUCUGAUGCAGCAGUAUGAAAAGGCGAUGGCACGAGCAGUUUCGAUGCAAAAAGAAGCCGAAGCUAACUUGAGAAGAGUGAUGGAACAAAUGUCAAAUGGAAGCCAAGUGAUGUAUGAAAAGGCAAAACGUCUUGCAACAGAAAAUGUCGAAGUUGCAAAAGGAUACAUAAACAAAGUGCAAGACGUCUUCACGAAACAAAUAGAGAAGCUCACUUUGGAGGUUGGUUUUGGUUAAGGACUAUAGUUUGUAUACAUAAAGGGGGCUAGAUCCCAUUUCUCCGCCCACAUUUUCUCUAAAUCCUAUAUUCCAGUCCUUUUUUAGAUCAAAUCCCAGUCCUACCGUGAAAUUGAAGGAAAAUCCAAGAAGUAUAUGACUGACUUACAAUAACAGAAAAAUGACCUCAUUGAGCCAUAAGCCAGUUAUCCUAAACUUUUUUUGUUGAAAUUUUGAAAUUGCUCUGUAGCUGUUCUUAAAGUUAUUUCACUUUGAAAUGUCCAACUACAAUCGUCUUUAUAAUGGUAUUCGGUCAUUCCCAUUUUUGUGUCUUUUAUUCCCAGUCCCCAUUUUCCCAGUUCAAACUGAAAUAGGCAAAUCCCAGUUCUCAUUUACCCCUUCGGGACCCUCCGUAAAACACACUUUUAGUAACAGAUUCAGUAAUGGUCAUCCCUUGUUGAUCCGGUGCUACCACAGGGGAUAACCACGUACACCGUCUAUAGGGUUAUUUCGAUACAAUGUCCGUUAUUAAUAUUUCAUUAUUUUUCUCACCGUAGAAAACAGAAGAAGUUGUGGAAACACUGCCACAGAAAGCUCCUAGUAAGUACAUUCAACAAAUUUCCUAGCAAGUUUCCUAGAAAGUUCCUAGUAGUUCCUAGUUUCCUAGAAAGUUCCUAGAAAGUUCCAACAUUCAACAAAUUUCCUAGUAAGUUUCCUAGUAAGUUUCCUAGAAAGUACAUCCUACAUUUCACGAUGUGUUUAGAUUUGUAUAUCUUGACCUUUGAGAAAACUAUUAAGAAACGUUUUCAGAAAUAUUCAUGUUGUUUCCAACGCCGCCAAGUGUGUGUGACAUUUGUUGCGGAAAAAUCUGUCCUUCUCCGGAAAACAUGGCCAGGGAACAUUUUUUUCUGUUUUGCCAACCUUCGGGGAACAUGGCUAGAAAACAAUGUUCAUGUGCGAAAAUAUAGUUUGUUAAAACUUCUUCUUAUCUUUAUUUUAGCCCUUCAAGCCAAAAAGUUAGCUUAUCUCCGCUUGAGAAAGAAGCUUCGAUCAAUGAUACCAGCUCCCGGCGGCUUAUAAUUGAACUACCGCUGGAUUAAGAACAUAUAUAAUUAUAAACGUACUAUUCACUGAUUUCAACUUGUUUGCGGGUGUUAAUAAUAACUCCGCUAUAUACUUACGUAUUAUAAAUAAGUGUCUGUUUGUUUUCUAAUUUCACUGGUGGGUUUGAGGUCAUACUGGCAAUAUGCACGCCAGUUAAAGGAUUGUGAGAUGCAUUUGUAAUGUAGCACCUUGUAAUAUCACGGACGAUAUAAUAAAUUAAUUCACUGUAACAUUAU